AUGAAGCUCUCUGCCAUCUUCGCCAUCGGCCUCGCCUCCCUCGCGGCCAGCCAGUCCAUCAACGAUGUCCCCAAGUGCGCCGUCCCCUGCCUCCAGGAUGCUGUGAAGAGCGAGACCAGCUGCGGCGCCAGCGACUUCAAGUGCGCCUGCAAGGGUGACAACUACAAGAAGGUCCAGAGCGCUUCUACGGGCUGUGUUAUCAAGGCUUGUGGUCAGGACGUUGCCAUCGAGCAAGUCGUCCCUGCUGUCCAGAAGCUGUGUGGAAAAUAG